CUUCAAGUUACUGUGCAGGGAAUGACCAGAGAUCUGGGUUCACCUCAUUAAAACUCAGGACAUGCUAUGUAUUUUGUGGCAUUGGUGACACUCUGCAAAAAUGGGAAGGAACAGGAGUUCCACAGUCAGGCUACACAAGCACUGUGAGAGGUGCUUCAGCCGGCGCUGCAGGGCCCCCAUCGAGAUCUCUGUCUCCUGUGUGACCAUCAGCUGCCGACUGCUCUGCGGUGCUGUCUUCCACCUGUGCAAGGAGGAGGAGCACCAGCUGCUGUGCCCCAACGAGAAGGUGCCCUGCCUCAAUGCCCACUAUGGCUGCCCCUUCACCAUGUGCCGCUCCAAGCUGGCCAAACACCUGGAGGUGUGUCCGGCCAGCGUGGUCAGCUGCUCCCUGGAGUGGAACCGCUGGCCCAUCGAGGAGACCAACACCGUCUUCUAUGACAAUGUCAUCAAGGAGCCCUACUCUGAGGAGCAACUGGACCUUUCCAUGGCCCUCAGAGACCAGAGGCACCUUUUCAACUCUUUGAAAAUGAAGAACCUUUUUGCUGAGCUGAUAGAGAAGGUGGAAGAACCUUGCGUUUUAGAUCUGGAGGGAGCUGUGGGAGGCAUGACAGCUUAUGGGUUCAGUGCCUCUGUCCAAUCAGAUGAGUGUUCCCUUUAUGACUGCGGUGAAGCAGCUGUGCAAGGGCUCACUCAGGAAGAACGUGAGGCCCUGGCUAAAGACAGGGAUGUUUCUGGCCUUGAAAACUACAGCCUGUGGGAGAGGAUGUUCAGUAUGGAGAAGAGUGGCUGUGACUAUACUGUCAAAGCCCUGGGUGACAACAAGAAACAGAGUGAUGGAAAAGAGAAACAGAAAUCUUCAAGACAUCAGGCAGUGCUAGAGGAAGUGUCAGAAGAGAGCCAGGAUGCUGAAACUAGCACGCCUGCUGAUGUUAUCAAAACAGGCCUAGCUCCCUGGCAGGACGGGGUCCUUGAUAGGCUAGGGGAGCAAGCCAAUUUAUCAGAAUACAACAUGUACCUGGUGCACAAUCGUAAUAUGCUGAUCGAAUUUGGCCAGCUUGCUGCUUGUACCCCUAAAGCGAAGGAUUUCGUGUAUGGUCACCUUGAGCCCAUGCAGAUUAAAACUGUCCGCACAUUCAAAAUUCCAACCAGUUUUAGAGCAAAACAAGGCCGCAUUCGGAAUCCUUCCACCUACAGGAAGGUAAGCAAAGCAGUGGACACAUCGGAUUUGGGAGUCUGCUUGGAGAGUCUUCCAAAAUGGGAUGAAAUCCAGGCAUCCUUACUGUGUUCUCUGGAAAGGGAACUGCGGGGACACUUGAUCUCAGAAUCCAGCUCAAUUGACAGCCUACUGUGUGACACAGGGACCCAGACUUAUGACUUCUACUCUGCACCCUUCAAGCACGAUGCCUCACUGGCCGAUAUAACAGCUGACAGGGCCCUGAAACUACACGUUCAAAUUCACGCCGAGAGCGUGACCAGCAGGCACAAUAAAGCCAGCUCUGCCUUCACCUUUCUGUGUAGCCACUUCUUUCGCCGUGACGAGUUUCGCUCCCACUUCAAGAAUGUACACUCAGACAUCCAAUCCUGCUUGAACGGCUGGUUUGAACAGCGGUGCCCCCUAGCUUACCUUGGUUGUACCUACAGUCAGAAGAGGUUUCAACCCUCUACCCACAGGGCAAAGGUAAGCUACAACCAGGACCUCAGCACCUUCACUCUCAGACCAGAGGUCUCUGCCUCGCUCUUCAAGGGCGUGAAGACCAUCGCCACAGAGAGGAAGCGAGCUCGCAACUUAGACUCCCUCAGCAGGCUGCCUUUCGAGGUCCUUGUGCACAUCGCCGGCUUUCUGGACAGCUUCACUCUAUCCCAGCUGGCCCUGGUCUCCAAGCUGAUGAGAGAUGUUUGUGCUACUCUGCUGCAGGAGAGGGGAAUGGUCUCCCUGAAGUGGGAGAAAAAGACCUACUCCCAUGGGGGAUCCUGUUGGAGAACCAGAAAGAAGGUGUGGGAGUUCAGCAACCUCUUUUCCACAGUGGAUAGAUGGCACUUUGACAACAUCCCCUCCAUGGCAGAGCACCUGAAGGUCUGUCCUUUCUACCAGACCGAGGACAGGAGCCAACCGGUGGCUCUGGCCAGCAUGCGUGACGCCAAAGAGCAAGUGAAGGAGCGCCACAGCCUGGUCACCAUGUUCCUCGGCAACAAAUAGCAUUAUGGGGAAAAAUAGAGAGCCCCAGAAUCCAUACCAAUUUCAUUUACAUGAAGAGUGACUGCUGUGAGUGGGAAGCACUAUAUCACUCGCAUUAUGAGGGAAAGCUGAUUAAGAAGCAUAUGAAAAUAUUUAGGGACAGUCAUAGAUUUAUUUGGAAGGAGAUCUUAUUUUCAGCUGCUACAGUAUAUGAAAUGACAGGGCUAUUUUUGAGUCCUCUCAGUGAAAAUUCUUUUAGUACACCAUUAGACUGUAUAUUCGUAUAUUUGUAAAUGUGCUGCUUACAAACAUGGCCAUAGUGUUAAGUAUGGCAUGUAAAAAAUUAAACUGAAUAGGCUCAUGAGAA